AUGUCUUUGCCGCAGAGGCCGGGCAAGUCCUCGCCUCGGCGAGAGGAGGUACACGCUUUUCGCGAGCCGUCAAGGCGACGCCGUCGCGACAUCGAGAGCGGUACCUACAGUGACACUCCGACAACCCCGACUUCCUCCCACCGUCACCGUCGCCGACAUUCGCACAGUCAGCGACGACACGCCGAUACCGAUGACGAACGGAUGGAGAAGGGUGGGGGAGUGCAACGAAAGAGGAGUCUCGUCAAACCAGAACGCCGACGGAUCGACCAUGACGACCCUCAUUACCACUAUCGCCAACGAUCGCAACGCCUGAACACGUAUCCUCCAACAGACCCAUUACUGGAUGCCGAUGGUGAAGCGGAAACGAACAGCUCGCGGAGCAUGGAUCUGAAGGGUAAGGACCAGCUCUACGGGGCGCGCGGCAACGUGAACAAGCCGAUGGAGCGUGCUCCCAGCCGGCAUCGCGCCUCAAAGAAAAAGAAGCGCUCCUCGCGACGUACAUCGCGGGGAACUGCAGAAGAAAAACGACGCCAAAAAGCCGUGGAGCAGGCUCGUCCGCCCGAUUUGUGGACUACUUAUUGUGCACUAAUCACGUUUUUUAUCCCUGAUUUUGUUCUCCGCUGUUUUGGCAUGCCCCAGAAGGAGCAGCGACAGGCUUGGAGGGAGAAGAUUGGUCUGAUCAGCUGCAUCCUCAUGGUCGCAGCGUUUGUCGGAUUUCUCACGUUCGGUUUCACGGCUACGGUUUGCGGGACGCCGCCGGUGCGUAUGAAGGUCAACGACGUUGGUAAUGGGUACAUGAUUUUCCAUGGACAAGCCUACAAUCUCGAGGGCUCGAGUCACCCUGCGGCGGCUGGCAUUCCGGCUGGAACUGACGUCUUGUACGACUUGCCGCACAAGUAUGGCGGCCAGGAUGGCAGCUUUUUCUUCCAACAAGUCAAUGGCGCCUGCAAAGGGCUUAUUACUGCCAACCCUGGGGGUGACGUUCCCACAAAUAACAACGGUGAUCUUGGAUGGUACUUCCCCUGCGCGGCCUACAACCAGGAUGGGUCAUCGCAGCCCAACUUGACGGUGGAAUACUACCUGGGCUGGGCAUGCCAUACCUCCGGAGUCGCCCGGAAAGCCUUCUACGGUCUCUCGUCAUCCGGAGAUGUCUACUACACGUGGGAAGACACGAGGAACAAGAGCCGGAAUCUUGCGGUGUAUUCCGGGAAUGUUCUCGAUCUUGAUCUUCUCCGCUGGUUCAACAAGUCCCAAGUGACAUGGCCCUCCGAGUUCGAUGCCCUGCGCGAGAAUCCCGUGGUCCGCGGUGUCGACCUGACCUAUUAUCUCCAAAGUGGACGGGACAAGAAGAUCGGACAAUGCCUGUCCCAGAUCAUCAAAGUGGGCAGUAUUGACACCGAUACCGUGGGGUGCAUCGCCUCCAAGGUUGUGCUCUACUUGGCUUUGAUCUUCAUUCUAUCCAUCGUGGUUACCAAGUUUUGUUUUGCCUUGCUCUUUCAAUGGUUUUUGUCUCCCCCGGUUUGCCGCUCAACGGACGAGCAUGAGCUCCGAUGCCAGGACGCGUAA